AUGGGUGAAAUGGAAAAUAUCAGCCACAUUAUGCCUCUCUUAUAUGAUCCACAAACUCAAGUUUCAGCCCAAGCUAUUCGAAGUCUGAAAACUCUGGCAAACGACAAUCCAGAGAAGAUAUUUAGAUUAAUUGAGUCGGAAAUUCGUAAACAAAUAGAAGAUUUACAUAAAUGCAUCGUUCUUGUUAGAGUACUAGUUGAAAUUUCAACGAAAUCAGAAAUAUCUCACGAAAUUAAAAUUUUAGCACUUGAAAUUUGUAUGUUAGUUACAGAUAAACACCGUGAUACUGCUUCUGAACUUUCAAAAACCAUUCCUAACAUAUUAUAUCAUAUCACGACAAAUGACGAAGAAAUAUUAAAUAAAUUUUUAGAGAAAUUCUUACACAAUCAAGAGUUUAUUCCUAUUGAUACUCUUGCAUACUUCGAAAUGCUUAAACAUAACGGACUCGCGAUGAAAGAUCGCUUAGAUUCUGACCUACAAUUGCUUUGCCCUAUAAUGGUUAAAGAAGAGGCGAUAAGUUUCAGGCUUGUUUUCGCUUCCAUUAUUGAUAAAGUCCUCGAUAUCAUUACUAAAAAUGAAAUGACUGUUUCUUUUGAUUUGGCAAUUUUGAUUAUUGACAAACUUCUUACGGCAUACUUAGAAAAUAACAUUCCAAUUCCAGAAAAGAAGCGAUACUUAGACAUGAUAUGGCGUUUGCUUAAGAUUGCUUCGCAUGAAAUUCCGACAUCUAAAAUACAAUUAGCAUUUACGAAGAUUGGAGUGUUAUUACUCAAUACAGAAUUAUACGAAAAGACCGCCAAUUUACUUUCUUUGUUUAUUAACUAUGCAGAAGAUACGAAAUUUUUAGGUCAAUACAUUCCAACGAUAAUUCCACCAUUAAUACGUAAUAUGAAGCCUCCUGCACAACAAGCAUACGAUUUAAUCAAGCAUUUCGCACAAAUCAAUCCACAUCAGACAGUUGUAAACAUUUUAUCUUUAAUGAAAGAAGGAAAGCACAAUAACAUAUUCAAAUCAAUUAACUAUUUAUUAGAUCGUAAUCUCAUUACAUCAGAAAGUGGCUUAUCAAUACUCGUAGCCAUGGAAUCCGCUUUAUCAAUUCAAAUCCCAUCAAAUAUGAGGAAAUUACUGUUCGCAAUAUGGGAAAAACUCGCUAAACUUGGUGUAGAAACAGCAUCUAUCAUUCCUUCGCUAUUUAUUCAAGCUUCUUCACCUCAAUCUGCUGAUACAAUCAAAGAUUUCGAAAAAAGUGCAUUAGUAGUAGCAGAAAAGCUUAAUUAUCCACAGUUACCGAACUACGCAUUCGAUACAAAGUAUAUUGCUGUUGCAAAUAUCGCGUUUGAGAUGAUAAAUAAAAUGAAUUGCGGAUUAACACAAAAUAUCAUGACUCAACAACAGUUAAUGCUCAAGACAUUGUUGUAUGCAUCAUCAGCGUACUUCCCAGUCCAAACAAGACGAAUAAUCUUAAAAACAUACGCAAGGCUUACAAAUAGUCAAGAAUUCGAUGCAGCCGCCGAAUCCCUACAAUCCAAGUAUUGUUUGUUCAACGCUACAAAGACGAUGAUUAACUUUAUCCGUAAAAUGGCGAACCAAACUUUUGAUUCCGAGUCGUGGAUCAAAAUCUGCCAAGACAUUGUCGAUGGAUUUUCCAAGGAGAAGCACGAGAUGGCCAAUACCGCGAAACUCCUCCCAGAUAACACGAUGGCCCACUUGAAAGCAUCGAUGUUUUUAAUUCUGACAGGAGUUUACACGUCAGAUAUUAAUAAAAGCAACGCAUUGACGAAAAUCCAGUCAUUGAUGAACAAAGUCGAGUGCAAGUACAUCGAAGAAACACUCCCACUAACACUUUCUUUGAUAGAACUCCGUAGAUACUUCGAAAAAAUUGCAGAUGACCUCUAUCGUUCAAAAAGUGACAGUGUAAAAGGUGACAAUGGUGUUAGUCGUAAAACCAUGACAUUGAUAUAUAACUACAAACAUGGAAACUUGGAUGAUUCUACUGCAGAAAUGUGUUUAUCAUUUGAUAUCCCGUCAAUUGUUGCUUGCCAUGCACAGAGGAAGGUAAUAAUAAAGAAAGGCAAAGUAAACAAUGUAGAAAAACACAUUUCGUUACUCGACAGAUUCCUUGGAAACAAAGACAACGCAAUUUGUAAAAUUGCUAUUGACACUUUUUAUUUCAUGUUGAAACAGAACCUUGUAUCAUCAACACACGCUCAGUUCUCCAACAUGUUGAAGAGAAUUGUUCUGCAGUUGAGAUACAACCAUGACCAAAAGACUGUUGACAAAAUCAUGGAGAUUAUUUCGGUUUCUCCACCUGAAGUAAAUUUCGCAAAUAUUUUAUCGUCUUUGUUGGCAGGAGAAAAGAUGUACGACCAGAAACUGAUGCAGAUAUGCAAGGACAUUGUUGAGAAGUGCACAAACAUAUAUCUCAUCAAAACACCAACAGUUGCAGCAUCGAUUUCUGUCCUAGGAAUGGAGGAAGAAUUUAAAUCUGAUGUUGAAUUCUUCCAGAAAAGAAUUUUCAGUUCUAAAAGUGAAUAUGAUGCUUUCCCAGUCUCCUACUUCACGUCAAGCCAGCCAAAGGAUGUAGAUGAGUUCGUUCCUUUCUUGUUCUCUUUCAUGAAUUUACAAAAACCUUGGAAUUUGAAUGCAUCAACGAUUAUUCAGAAUUUGAUGAAAUGUGACAGAUUUUUGUCAAUUUUGGAUGGCGCGAUUGUUGAUUACUCGAAUUCCAUGACAGCCCUCCACUCCCCUGGUUUCAUUGAUAUCGGCGUGGCACUUUUUAACAUUGAUAAAGUCAAAUUUAUCAUGUCACUUUUGAACAAACCAUCAGUUGCAUCCAAAGAGAUUUUGCAGUUCUUCUCGAUGAAAUACGAUGUGUUCGGACAAUGUCUAAUUGACUGUGUUACGUUUAAUGCAUUUUCUGACAAAUCUAGUCUUCAUGAUUCAUUUUUGAAGAUUGUCACAAAAUGUGAAGGAAUUACAGAAAAUUUGACACAUUUAACGUACAUUGCUAUCGUCCAAGUAUUAGCACAGAGUGAGCUUUUAUUGAAUGACACGAUAGAAGCCUUGAAUACUAUGAAGAAGUACUACAAAGACAUAGAUUCAAGCGCAGUUCAAAUUGCUUUAACUGAUGCUCAGAAAAACAAAAAAGUGACAUUCCAAACCGUUUCUUCACUUUUAUCUGUUGUUUCUGAACUCCUUAAUGUAUCCAAUUUGAUAUAUUUUGCCAAGUUCUGUCCAUCCGCUUGCCUUGCUGGAUACACAGCGAUUUCUAAUCACGACAAACCACUUUUGGUUGAUAUUCUCAAUCUUUCGGACAAAAGUCCAAACGCUGCUCUUCUCGCUUUGCAAGCAACGAUUACUUAUCUUCCUCCAGAGAGAUACGGUAAUUCAAUGAUAAACAACGCGUUUGACUUUAUUUUGUCUCAAUGUCUGAAUGACGAAGACAGCUACAAAUGUCUGAUGAAGAUCUACAGAUGGCUGCCAAAAGAUAUUUUAUAUGAGAAAAGUGUCAAAAUGUUUUCAACGAUCAAAAACGGUUUGAAUGUUACAAAUCCAUAUCCAUAUUUAUUCAACUUUUUGACACAAGUUGCAGAUUCAAAGCACUUCAUUGGCAGACAGGAAUUCCGCAACUACAUCCCUUAUUUCAUCAUCGCGUGCUACGGAUUCACUGAGCAUUAUUUCCCUGAAGUCAUGGCCGCGGCGAGAUCUGCAUUGGCCGCUCUCUGCAGACACACUGCGAUGCUCGGAACAGAGAAGAUGCUGAUGAACUCGAUAGGACAAUUGACUGAUUUCGCUGUAGACGGACUGAAAGUGUUCGUCAGAGAAAUGGACAUGGCGUGCGUAAACGCGUGCUGUCUGUUGGUUGAACACACAAAUGAUUUGGUGAAAUUCAAGGCUGCAGAAGUUCUUAUUGCUUCUAUUCAUUUCGGAAAAUGUUUGGAUCAAAAUGCACAUUUGAAACUUGUAACUUUACUCUCGUCUGAAAGUGAAAAAGUAAAGACAAGAGUACUCAAAGCUUUGGCAAUGUAUCCUCCAAAGGUUUGA